UUUGCUACAGGAUGUCACAGGACAACCUAUUACUUCAGAAGACUAACUGAAUACACUGGGUAAUGUGAUUUGAAGAUGCCAACCCCUUGGCAAAUAUGCUGCAAUAAAAAGUCCAGAACUGAGCAUGCAAAAGCUGAAAUGGACAAUAUGGCAGAGACAAGUGAAAAAAUGCAGAUGAAAAAAGAAAUCACAUUACUAAAUGGAGUUUCUUUAAUUGUAGGGAACAUGAUUGGCUCUGGUAUAUUUGUAUCACCCCGAGGUGUUUUAAUGUACAGUGCUUCCUAUGGACUCUCGCUGGUCAUCUGGGCACUUGGUGGGAUUUUUUCCCUGUUUGGAGCUUUGUGUUACGUUGAACUGGGAACAUCCAUCAUGAAAUCUGGAGGCAGUUAUGCCUAUAUUCUGGAGGCAUUUGGGGCCUUUGUGGCCUUCAUCAGACUCUGGUCUUCCUUGCUAAUUAUUGAACCAACAACUCAGGCUGUGAUAGCAAUCACAUUUGCUAACUAUAUUGUUCAGCCAAUUUUUCCUCACUGUGAACCACCAUACGAUGCAGUCAGGUUGAUUGCAGCUGCGUGUAUAUGUUCCUUAACAUUUAUUAACUGUGUUAAUGUAAAAUGGGGUACCCGUGUACAAGACGUUUUCACAUAUGCAAAAGUCAUGGCUCUUAUCUUGGUGAUAUCGGUUGGCCUUUACAAAAUUGGCAAAGGGGAAAUCGAAAACCUGAGAGAUCCGUUUGAGGGUUCAGCAACAAACCCAGGGAUGAUCGCCCUGGCUCUCUACUCUGCCCUCUUCUCCUACUCAGGAUGGGACACGCUCAACUAUGUCACUGAGGAAAUGCAGAAUCCUGAGAGGAACCUACCUCUUUCUAUUGCAAUUUCAAUGCCUCUUGUAACUAUUAUUUACUUAUUGACUAAUAUAGCAUACUAUGUAGUGUUGGACAUGACAGCUCUCCUCACAAGUGAUGCGGUGGCUGUGACAUUUGGAGCUGAAACCCUUAGUCAUGCCAAGUGGAUAAUUCCUAUAGCAGUGGCCAUGUCUUGCUAUAGUGGCUUAAACUCAUCAAUUAUUGCAGCAUCUCGGCUUUUCUAUGUUGGAGCCAGAGAAGGACACCUCCCUGUCAGUCUGAGCUUGAUUCACAUAAAGUGCUUCACACCAGUCCCUGCUCUGCUGUUCAACGGCUUAAUGACUUUGCUUUAUCUCCUUGUGGAAGAUGUUUUCCUCCUUAUUAAUUACUACUGCUUCAACUACUGGCUCUUUGUGGGUCUAUCUAUUGCAGGACUAAUAUAUCUGAGAUAUACUCAGCCACACAGACCACGGCCUGUUAAACUUAGCCUCUUCUUCCCUAUAGUAUAUUGUUUGUGUUCCCUAUUCCUGAUUAUAAUGCCUCUCUACAGUGACACAAUCAAUUCCCUUAUUGGCAUUGGUAUUGCCCUCUCAGGCAUUCCUGCAUAUUAUUUGGGAGUCUAUCUGCCAGUUGAAAAACGACCUAAAUGUCUACUUUGGCUCUCUGCUACAACAACAAAGUAUGUUCAGAUGCUCUUCUACUGUGCUCUGUCAGACCUGGACAUAGACGUGGAACCCAAAGCAGCUAAGAGUAAAUAG